AUGACCAUCCAUAAAAUGUCAGCUCUUCUCAAACUGAUCCGAGUUACUAGGACUCACCUCCUUUCCACCACAAAACACUCAUUCUUCCGCCAAAACUCAACAAUGUCCGUCCCAAAGACCGACUUAGAACGAGCAGCCGCUGCUCGCGACCUCUUGAAGUCCAUCUUUGGACAGCGCGUCACCACCUUUGAUGACGAUGCCUCCGGGCCACGUUUGGCUCUCAGAGCUCCCUGGUCAACAACCUGCCAUACCCGCUCCGCCGCCUAUUUCCAACCCGAGACCCCCGCCGAAGUCAGCACCGCCCUCUCCAUUAUCACCAAAACCCAAUCCAAGUUUGCUGUGCGCGCCACCGGCCAUAACCCAAAUCCGGGUUUUAGCAGCACUCAUGAAGAUGCUGUAAUCAUUGAUCUGCACCGGCUGGAUACCAAGACUUUUGACGAGGAGACCGGCAUAGCAAGCAUCGGCGCCGGGAACACCUGGGGCGAGGUGUAUACCUGGCUCGAAGGCAAGGGGAGAAGUGUGAUGGGUGGGCGGUAUCAGGAGAUUGGUGUAGCUGGGUUUUGCUUAGGAGGAGGGAUGCCGGGGUUUGUGAACUUGAGAGGCAUGGGGUGUGAUCAGGUCCGGGGUUUUGAGGUCGUCCUCGGAGACGGAACCCCGGUCUACUGCUCCGCCCAUGUCCGAUCGGAUCUCUACCGGGCGUUGAAGGGCGGCGGAUCGAACUUUGGGGUCGUCACCCGGUUCGAGUUGCAGACGUAUGCGUUGUUGAAGACGCAGUAUAUCGUCAGCUUGUACAAGCCAAAUGAUUAUGCCAACAUCAUCAAGGCGUCGGUGGAUGCGCACAAGGAGAUGGAGAAUGAUCCCAAGGCGGCGUACUUUACCAAUGUCCACAGGGACUUUGUCGCCAUCGGACAGUUGUAUGCCGAUACGCCAAAGGAAGAACCAAAGGUGUUUGAGCCGUUCAGGAAGCUGGAGAGUAUGAUGGCGCCGGUUGUGCCCAAGACUGAUGGUACGCUUUCAACGCUGGCGCAGGCCAUUGGACAUCGGCCUCCCAAGGGGAAACGCGUCAUCUUCACCAUUUCCACCAAGGUCGAUCAAGACCUCUACCUCGCCAUCCACAAAAUCUGGCAAGACGUAACGGCAACCCUACCUUCUUCGGCCGAUGGCACAGACCUGCACUACACCAUCCAGCCUGUGACUGCCUCCGCCGCGCGUGCCGGUCAAGACAACGGAACAGGUGACAACGCCCUCGGCCUAGAGGAGGUGUCGCAGAACUGGUAUGUGUUCACUUUGGAGUACCAAUGGAACGGAGAUGAUUCUGUGCAUAAACCCGCCAUGGAUAGUAUUUACGAGCAGGUGAAGAAUGCUGCGGAGGAGAGCGGCUUGUUGUUGGAUUUCGUUUGCCCGACAUUUGCCGACAAGAGACAGGAUGUGUUGAGGGGGUUUGGGGAGGAGAAUGUUGAGUUGAUCAAAGAGGUGGCGGGGAAGUAUGAUGGAGAGGGUGUUUUUCAGAAAUUGCAAUAUGGAGGGUUUUUGGUGAGGGAUUUGUAG